AUCAUCGUCAGUAGAUUUGACUAUUCAUUUUGAAUAUGAUCUGAAUAUUCAAAUGUAUAAAAUGUCACCUGUAUAAAAGCACCAACAUUGUUUCCUGAAACCCAGGUUUAACACAUUUAAAUAAUUUAAGCAUUAACAUAACUAUAUACGUAUAGUAUACAUUUUAUACGUAUAAAACCAUUUAUCAUUUAAGCUGAUGUUUAGUUUACAGAAACAAACCAAAUAAAGAGGCAGAUAUUAACAUGAGCAAAUGUGCAGUUCUCUUGCAUAGAACUUAAAAUUGCUCUCAAUAUAUUCCUAUCAUUCAACCGUGGACAUGUUCAGCCGAGUAAAAUUAAGUAUUUGAAAUUGUCAUAUCUUUUUUCCAACUACUUGCAUGAACCACCACGGAAUAAACCAUAUCCUGAACAUGGACUGUAAGAACCUGAAUUUGGCUCCCUCUCGUGGUGAUCAUAUUUAGAGCACAGAACAAUAGAUGAUGGAUUAUCUGAGAGCAUAAUAUACAACACUGUUUGUUGAAGCAACAUAAAGUAAAGGCUGAUGAGUAUAACUUUUAAAAUGUUUUUUUCUUUUUGUAAAUUGUCAAGUGGGUGUAGACAAUAUAGUUUACUGAGAGCAGUGGGUAUGACAUGACUUAAUAUUACACAAAUAUUAUUCUGCUGAAUCAGUUUCUUUGUCAGUUUAAAACAUACUUACUGAAUGUGUUAUUGGUUUAUUCUGCGGUGUAUCCUCCUGAGACAAUGGUAUGUCCCUCUUCCGCUGUCGUGCAUUGCCACUGUUGUGCUGUAGGGGGCAGCGGACUUGCGCCCUGGGGUUUGUUUAUUGCUGCUUCCGUAGCUUGUCAGCUAACGCCAUAGUAAAAGACGGAAAAUCUCCUUCCACAGGUCGGUUGAUUUUAAAAAUGUCUGCUCCACUGCUUCUGAGAGCUUUUGUGAAGGAGCGACUUUCUGCUGCAGCUGAGGAAAUAUUUCAGUUCUUUGAAAGAACAAUAGAAACAUACGAAGAAGACGCUACGAGCUCUAAACAGGAGAUUGAGCGACUCACGCGUCUGCUGCAGGAGUUUUCCAACCAAAGAGUCCUCUCUCAGGCAUCCACCUGUAAAGAGGAAACUGAGCAGGAGCUGAGCCUCACUGACUAUCGCAGAGAUCCAGAUGAUCAAGCCAUUAAAGAGGAGGAUCAGGAAGUUUGGGUCAGUCAACACGGAAUGCAGGCUGAAGAGUUCCAGGAUGUCAAUCAUUCAUAUCAAUCUCAUUCAGUUGUGUAUGAGACACAUGAGCAGGAGGAGGACACAAAACCCAGUUUACUACCUCAGACUCAAAACAGUGAAAGUGAGAAGCAGUUUGGGGACUCACAAGAAACUAAAACUGUACUGAUUGUGUUACCCUUUGCGUCAUUUCAACCCUCACAAUCUCCCAUCCAAAAUGAGAUGGUCCAAGAUGGCCCGGAAAAUGACGAACCUACUGCCAGUUUUAUGUCAAACCAAACAAAGUCAGAACAAGACCAGAGCACAAUUAUCAACUCCAAAGAAUCCUCUGAGAGCUCUCAUUUGAAUUCACUCCCACCCGGGCACCACUGCCUUCUGUGCCAUCAAUCAUUUUCCUCCAAACAUUACUUGAUAAAUCAUGCUCUUCGCAUGCAUUCAAAGGACGAAGGUUUUGUGUGUGCUGUGUGUGGGAAGGCGUCGGAGUCCACUGAGAGUCUCAACGUGCAUCUUAAAUCACACGUGAGCUUAAGAUGCUGCCAUGUAUGCGGCAAAUACUGCAACAGCGCCAACGCUCUGGCGGAACACAUGACCAGCCACACCGGGGUGAAGCUGCACCGCUGCCACGUCUGCGGGAAAGAGUGCGCCCGAAAGGGAGAUUUAAAGAUACACAUGAGGAUUCACACGGGCGAGAGGCCGUACUGCUGCUCUCUGUGCAAUAAAACUUUCACCCACAGCGGACAUCUGAAGAAGCACUUUAGAAGCCACAUGGAAGACAGACCGCACCGGUGUGACGUCUGCGGCAAAGGAUAUCUACAAAUUGCACACCUGAAGUAUCACUUAUCCACUCAUACACAGAACUGAUUUUCAAUCAUGCAACAGAGCCUUUUUCUAAAACCUAGAAAUGUGACUAUCAGUGGAGCAGGAGCACAUUCAUCAGCUGCUUGUAUUUACUCUUCAAUUUAUAAGCUACAAAGGACGCCUAAAUGUGGAUUCAAAUGGCACCUCAUAUGUUUUGCUUCUGCAGCAUGUUUUGCUUUCUCAUUGAUUAUUUUAUUUCUUCUGUGUUCAUAUAUUUUCACUAAGUAUAUUGUAAUUGUUUUACUCAUUAGCUUUUUUUGGUCGUUACUGAAUCACUUUGAACUGCAUUGACCUGUAUGAUAGUGCCAUAUAAAAUAAAGAUGGGUUUAUUGAU